CUUUUUUUUAAUGGAAUAGCAUGCCGACCUUGGUCUGGCAGACCUUUCCUUUCAGUAACUAUAUAUCCCCCCCCCCCCCUAGGGUGCCUCAAUAAUAGCAAGUUUUCAGGCCACUUAUAUUGAACGCUCUAGCACCGCAUCCUGUUAAUGGUACGCGCUUCUGCAAAGGCAAUUCGUAGAUGAAGGGGAAGAUGACCAUCACGUGCAAAAAGAACGUAGAACGCUCGAUUGAUUCUUACAUCGGCAGGAACUUUCUCCGCUAUUGCUGAAGUUCUCUAGAGGGAGGCUUAAGCAACCACAAAACAUCAAAGAUGCCACCAAAGGUAAUACCGAAUAUUCCGAGCCAGCAAGGACAACAAUAUCGGCCACCGCAGGGACAGCAGUUGCCAGCACAGCAAACCCCGCUGCAACCCCAGCAGUUGCCGGUACAGCGAGCUCAACAAUCCGCUGCCCGACGUCCUCCUCCCAGAAUGCCAAUGCCAGUUGACGCUGCAGCUGCUGCUUGUCCGCCAGGCCUGGAAUACUUGUGUGUCCUAGACCAGCUUGUCAUCAAGCAACAGAUAGAAUUAUUUGAAGUACUCGUCGGCUUCGAGACUCAGAACAAAUACCUCGCCUGUAACAACCAGGGCCAGAGCGUGUACUAUAUGGUCGAAUCCAGCGACUUUUGCACACGAUGCUGCAUCAGUGAUGCACGAUGCUUUCAAAUGUUCGUGGUAGACAACCAGUGCAGGGCUGUGAUGAGGUUCGUUCGACCGUUGCGAUGCGAAAGCACCUUCCGAAAUUGUUGCUUCUGCUGUCUUUUGCAGGAUAUGCAAGUGGAAACGCCGCCCAAUCAGCUAGUUGGCUCCGUGCGCGAGGUAUGCAGCGUCUGCCAACCUACAUUCCAUGUGUGUGAUACAAGCGGAAAACCUGUGCUCCGUGUGCAGGGCCCGGUAAUCACAACGAGCUGCCCCGGGGCUAUGGACGUAAAAUAUAAGAUUCUGACGCUGAAUGGGAAAGAAAUUGGUAUAAUCUCGAAGCUGUGGGGAGGGGUACUCAAGGAGAUGCUCACAGACGCGGACACAUUCAGCGUCACCUUCCCUGUCGACCUCGAUGUUCGUGUCAAGGCUUGUCUCAUUGGAUGCGCAAUGCUCUUUGACUAUAUGUACUUCGAAACUGAUGCACAGGAUAGAAGCUAAGAGGACAGUCGGGGUACAAUGUAUGCGCAACUGACGACCAUUUCAAGAAGCACAGGAAGAGCAGUAGCAAGAAAGAUGCAGUAGUCCCUUGCAGCAGUUCUGCGCUUGAAGAACGUGACACGGAUCUGUUCACUUCACCUACGACAAAACAAUCGCCAUUUGAAACCCAAAUAUUUUGUUCUUUUGAAACUAUGCCUGAGAUUCGUUUGAAAAAUACGGAGUAAAGGCAUCUACUGUGUACCCUA